AUGGUUGCGCUCACUGUUCAGCGUCAGAUACAUGGAGUGAACUUCCCUUGUGUGCAGGUGCUGUAUUUCCUGGAGCCAAUCCGAUGCCUGGUGCAGAAUCACCUGUGUCAGAAGGAGUUCUGUCUGGCCUGUGAGCUGGGAUUCCUGUUUCAUAUGCUAGACCUGUCAAGAGGUGACCCCUGCCAGGCCAGCAACUUCCUGCGUGCGUUCCGCACAAUCCCAGAAGCCUCUGCGCUAGGGCUGAUCCUGGCCGACUCGGACGAGCAGACCGGCAAGGUAAACCUGGGCCGCCUGAUCCAGAGCUGGAACCGAUUCAUCCUGACCCACCUGCACCAGGAGACGCAGGAGCAAGAGGGGCCGCAGGCCUACCGCGGAGUCAGCAACAGUGCUUUUGGCUCUUCUGGGGAGUCUGUGAUUGGUCGUCUGUUUGGCUGUGAGGUUGAGAACAGCAGCACCUGUCGCUGUGGGAAGGAGACGGUGCGCUCCUCCUUGACUCUGCUCUUCACAAUGCACUACCCGGACCUCAACACUGCUGACAAAAUUAUAAAGGAGUACGAUUUUUCUGAAAUCCUAAAGAGAAGUAUUUGCCUGGAGCAGAACACACAGGCGUGGUGUGAAAACUGUGAAAAAUACCAGCCCACGGUCCAAACCCGCAACAUCCGUUGCCUGCCUGACGUUCUGGUCAUUAACUGUGAGGUGAACAGCACCAAGGAGGCGGAGUUCUGGGAGGCCCAGGCCGAGUAUGCCUUCAAAAAGGCCAUGAAGAAGGAAGAGAUGGAACCGCCAAAACCGAGAGAACCCAACCCCCCUGAGUGGGAGGAGCUGUGCACUGUGGAGGGGCUGAGCCUCUACACUUCUGUAGAAGAGCUGAGGCAUGUUUGGAUCCCACUGUCGCUGAAAAUGACCAUGAACAAGAAUAAAGAGCUGGAGGUGAUGAGCUGGAGCGAAGGGGAGGAGUUGAGCUCCUCUGAAGAAGCACAGGGUGCUGUGGUGUAUGAUCUUGUGGUCACGGUGCCUCACGUCCUAGACCCUAGAACUGGUGGAAACCUAGUGGCACACAUCAAAGUGGGAGAGACCUACCACCAGAGGAAAGAGGGAGUGACUCACCAGCAGUGGUAUCUAUUCAACGACUUUCUCAUCGAGCCCAUCGACAAGUGCGAAGCAGCACAGUUUGACCUGAGCUGGAAGGUCCCUGCUAUCUUGUACUACACAAAGAGGAACUGCCACUCCAAAUAUGACCUGCGAAUAAAGAACCCGAUCGAAGCCAGUGUGCUUUUAGCUGAAGCCUCUCUAGCCAGGAAGCAGCGCAAGAGCCACGCCACCUUCAUCCCUCUGAUGCUGAAUGAGAUGCCUCAGGCUGGGGACCUCGUGGGGCUGGACGCUGAGUUUGUGACACUGAAUCAGGAGGAGGCGGAGCUACGCAGUGACGGCACCAAGUCGACCAUCAAGCCAAGCCAGAUGUCUGUGGCCAGGAUUACCUGUGUACGAGGACAGGGGCCCAACGAGGGGGUUCCCUUCAUCGACGACUACAUCUCUACACAGGAGCAGGUUGUGGAUUACCUAACUCAGUACUCCGGGAUC